AUGAACUCUGAUCGUAUUACAUUCCUCUAUUCUACUCUUGUUAUUUUUCUGAUAACCAACACCAUUUCUGCUUCUGUUGGCGGUAACGAGACUGAUUUUCAGGCGUUGAUGGGGUUCAAGUCGAUGAUCAGGAAUGAAGAAGCUCUAAGCUCAUGGAAUGCAUCCUUUCAUUUCUGUGAUUGGAGUGGUGUUUCAUGUGGGAAGCGCCACAGAAGAGUCAUUGAUGUAUCAUUGGAGUCGCAAGGGCUAGAAGGGUCGUUGUCUCCACAUGUAGGGAACCUCAGCUUCCUUCGUUUCUUCUCUCUCUGGAACAACAGCUUUCAAGGAACCAUCCCUCAUGAACUGGGUCGUCUAUCCAGGCUACGUGUCCUCGAUCUUCGCUUUAACAAAUUCAACGGAAUCAUUCCAAGUAACUUGUCUCGUUGUUCUAACCUUGAAAGGCUUGGCCUUUCUAAUAACAAGCUAGUUGGAAGCAUACCCAAAGAGAUUAGUUUCCUCUCAAAACUUACUCACUUUGUAAUUGCUAGAAAUAAGUUAACAGGUGGAAUCCCGCGUGUCUUGGGGAAUAUAACAUCAAUGGAAGUGUUCUCUGCUGCUGAAAAUCCAUUGGGUGGGAGCAUUCCAGACUCCUUAGGCCAUUGGAAAAGCUUAACAGGUUUUGAUUGUGGUCGUUGUAAUUUAUCUGGAACCAUCCAUCAUUCCAUUUAUAACCUCUCACUCCUAACUCAUUUUAUCUUGCCUUGGAAUCAGCUUACUGGUACUCUUCCCUCGUCGUUAGGUGCAAUGCUCCCACAUCUUGAGUACUUUCAGUUAUGGGGUAACCAACUAACCGGACUUCUCCCACCCUCGAUAGCUAAUUGUUCAAAAUUAUAUCAUCUUGAAAUGCAAGCAAACAGUUUUAGUGGGAAGUUGACAAUUGACUUUGCAAAACUAAAAGAUAUCCGUGUGAUAUCCCUUGGUGGUUACGUUAAUGGUAACAUCAGUGGACUUGGAGAAGGUGAUGAUAUGAGGUUUAUUGAUACUUUGAAAAACUGCAGCAAAUUAGGGACUUUGCAGGUUUUUAAUUCCAAGUUUCAAGGAGUGUUGCCCACAUCAAUUGGUAAUCUUUCUGGUCAACUCUAUCAUCUAAUCUUAGCAGAAAAUAAUUUAUAUGGACACCUCCCUUCAAGUAUAGGUAAUCUAGUCGGCUUGACCACUCUAGGUUUAUCAGAUAACCGAUUCACAGGAGAAAUCCCUUCCACCAUUGGUCAGCUUCAAAAUCUACAAUCUGCUGAUCUAUAUGACAACCAAUUUUCCGGGGCGAUUCCAGAUUCCAUUGGAAACUUAUCAUUGUUGAUUAACCUUGAUUUAAGUUCCAACAGAUUAGAAUGGCAUAUUUCCAUCAAGCCUGGAAAAUUGUCAUCGUCUAUUACAAUUGCAACUUGCUCACAAUAA